AUGGAUAGUGCAUGCCUCCGCUCGUGUGUGCAGCUCGACGAGUUCCGCAUCGAGAUCCAACGCCGCGACCAGGAAAUCCUCGCCAUGGGCGCCAAGAUGAAGACCCUCGAGGAGCAGCACCAGGACUACCAGAGGCACAUCGCCGUUCUCAAGGAGUCUCUUUGCGCCAAAGAGGAGCACUACAACAUGCUGCAGGCCGACGUCGAGGAGAUGCGACAGCGACUCGACGAGAAGAACCGCCACAUCGAGAAGAAGACCCAGCAGACGCAGCAGGAGCGGGCCCGCACCGCGGCCGAGGUCGCGGAAAUGAGAGAGCACAUGGACAUUAAAGAUAGAAAGAUUAACGUUCUACAAAGAAAGGUCGAAAAUCUGGAGGACCUUCUCAAGGAGAAGGACAAUCAAGUGGACAUGGCACGAGCGCGGCUGAACGCGAUGCAAGCGCACCACUGCUCCUCCGAAGGUGCCUUAUCCUCGCUGGAGGAUGCCAUUGGCGACAAAGAGAAACAAGUGAACCAGCUGCGCGAGCAACGCGAUCGAGCCGAGCAGGAAAAGCACGAAGAAAGAGAGUUGCACGAGAGGGAGUUGGCGGAGUACAAGAUGAAGAUCCACGCGUUAAACAGCGAAGUCGAGAAACUCUCCGCUAGAUUAGAUAGGGCGCAGAACGACAGAGACCGUUUGGAGGCCAAGUUGGAGAGCUCGCAGUCCGAGCUGGGAAAAUCGAAGGCUGAGUUGGAUAAGUGUAGUAUAGAGGUGGGCAGGAGUGGUGCCGAUUGGGAGCAAGCCAGGCAGAGACUGGCUAGAUUGGAGUUGGAGAAUGAGAGGUUGAAGGGCGAUUUGGAGAGGAAAGAAACCAGAGAAACCACCUCAACAACCUUCGGUAGAACCACUUACAGCAGUUCGCACGAUUUGGAUCGGUACGAUAAGGAGAGAGCAGAUAAAACUUCCUCGGAUUUAAGAAGGUGCCAGGCCGAGUUAAGGGCAGACAGCGAACGUGCUCGUUCGGAAGCGACAGCGUUGCAGGAAAAACUGGAAAAAUCCCAGGGGGAAGUGUAUCGCCUCAAGGCCCGCUUAGAGAAUUCGCAUCAAGAACAAGACAGCCUUCGGGAGGAGCUGGAACGUCAUCAGUCCAGCACGGCGAAGCUGCAUUCCGACAAAGAUCGGGCAUACAGCGAGCUGGAGAAGGCGCGAGAGGAACUCGAGCGUACAGCGGCGUCCUUGGGAAAGGCACAAUUGCAUCAGGACAAACUACAGAACGCUCUCGACAAGGCACAGACCGAGGUCGACAAACUCCAAGAAAAGCUAGACAAGUCAGCUGGAGAGACCAGAAGGAUCCAGUUGGAGAGAGAAAAGGUAGGAUACGAUUUAGAGAAUACCCAAUCGCAAUUGGACAAGGCUCUCGCCCAAUCUGCUCGUCUACAGAAAGAAAAAGAGACCUCCCUCCAAGAAGCCGAUCGCAUUAGAGAUAAAUACGAGAAAAGUCAGAACUCCAUGUUACGCGUGCAAAAAGAACGGGACAGCUUCCAGGACGAGUGCCAAAAACUCAAGGAACGCGUCGAAGGUCAACUCAGCCAGAUUGCGAAGGUACAGCGCGAAAGAGCGGACAUCGAAACCGAACUCGACGUUCUUAAGGAGCGGUGGGAGAAGGCACACAUGCAACAACAAAAAAUACAGCUCGAACGGGAUGACGCUCUCACCGAAAUCGACAUCCUCAAAGAUAAACUGGAGAAAGCAAUCUACGCUUCGCAGAAGGCCAUCGACGACAGAGAGAACGUGCACAAGGAGUUCGAGAAACUGUUAGAAAAAUACGAUAGGCUUCAAAACAAACUGGACACAGUGGUGGCUGACAAGGAUCGCUUCGAACUGGAAGUUGAAAAACAACAACUCCUCUCGACAAAACUGCGCGAAGAUCAACGAAAAAUCCAGGACGAGCUGUCGAGACUUCAAGAGAUGUACGAACGCGCCCAAAUGCAACUGGGAAGAUCGAAAGAGCUGGAAGAGAAAUCGAAAGAGGAGUUUGAACGCAUGGCGAUCGACUCGGAGAUGAUUCGCGAACGCUAUGAGAAAGCGCAAGUUGAAAUUCGCAGAGUCCAAUCCGAGAAAGAAAAGCUUCAAGCAGAGAACGAGAGACUGCAGUAUGAUUUGGAGAGAUCGUAUGGUCAGGCGACAAAGGCACAAGCAGGCUACGAGAAGAGUCAGGAGGAAAUCGCCCGUUUGCAAGUAGAAGUAGAAAAAGCACACGAGAAGCACGAUAAGCUACAAAAUGAGUUUAGAAAAGUUGUAGGUGAAUAUGACGCCCUUAGGGAAACCGCUACUAAAACGAGGUCGGUAGAUAGAUACUCGAGGCAGUACGAUAGAGAUGACCGAACUAAAGAAGACAACGAUAGGUUGAGAGCUGAAGUGGAUAGAUUACGUGAACGCCUCGAUAAGACUUUAACCGACUUGGAUCGAUCGAGGAAAGACCUCGCAGCUGUCGAAGGCACACGUAAUAAAUUUACUUACGAGCAAGAAAAGGAAAGAAGUCUUGAGAUGGAUCGAUUGAAAGACGAUCUGCAAAGGACGUUGAACAGCAACCAACAACUGGAGACUAAGCUACACGAAGUUAGCAUACAAUUAGAUUUGGCGAGAGGCGAAGUCGCUAAAGUAUCGGGUGGACAGGACAAACAACGCCACGAGCUCGAACGCGCCGUUAUAGAAUGUGAAAAACUGAGAGAUAGACAUGAGAAACUCAGGGUGGCGACUGAAAAACUCGAGAAAGAUAACGAAAAACUCCGCAUGGAGUUGGCACAAGCCGAUAGAAGACAGACUUUAGCGGCCGACAAAGUUAGGAACGAUGAACGUCUGGAAUUCGAAAGAUUAAAGGAAAAAUUAGAGAAAGCAUUACAGGCCAGGGACGCUACCGAAAUGGAGGCGGGCCGUUUAGCACAGGAGUUGGAAAAAUCGCAGAUACACUUGGCCAAGGCUUUGGAAACCAAUGAAGCCACCAAAAUUGAGUUCCAACGUAUGGCCAACGAAUUGGCUAGAAUGCACGAAACCAUCGAGCGAGAUAAACUCGACUGGAACACUUUGGAACAAGAAAGGGAUGUUCUCAGGGCCGAACUGCAACACGUUAGAAGCGGCAUGGAUACGCAAAGAAAAACCAUUGAUCACAGAACACAGGAAACCUUGGUUAAAUUGCAACAAGAAUUGGCACAAGCUUCAAGGGAACGCGACAAGUUGGCCAACAUGUUGGACAAACAAGGUAGGCAAGGCGAUUCGAUUGAGAAGCAGAUAAUUAAGUACGAAGCUGAUAUCAAACAGUUGACCAUAGAGAGAGAUCAGUUGGUUAACCAACUUGAAAAGUCACAAGAUAUGCUGAUGAACUUCCAACAAGAGUUGAAUGCCAGCGAGACAGAGUUAGAAAAACAAAAAGGCGAGGUGACAAGAUUGAAGAAUGAACAAAAAAGAAUGUCGCAGGAUAUCGAACGAGGUACCAAAGAUAUGCUUGAGAACAGGGACAAGGAAAUUACCAAGCUUCAACAGCAACUGCAAGCCAUCCAAAAGGAGAGGGAUGCCCAUCGUCAAAGAGCGGAUAAAGCGGAGAAACUGCUGCACGAAUCUGGAGGUAGAAGCGAUUCAGAGUUGGAACAAUGGCGUAAAGUCGUCGAACAAGAAACCAACCGAGCAGAUCAGGCGGAAAAAACCGCUAACGAUCUUAUGAAGAGGAUUCAAGUCAUGGAGAAACAACUGCAACAGCAAUUACAGCAGAUGGCGCAGUACCAAAAAGAACGAGGUAUCCAACAGCAGCAGCAGCAGCAGCAACAACCGCAAGAUGACAAAGAGGUGGCUAGGUUGAGAAAAGAGCUUGAAAAGGCACAGAAUGACCUGGAACUAUUGGAGGCCUCAAAGAAGGCUGGUGCCCCUCAGAAACAGGAAGAUUUAGGUCCUCAGAGGAAACAGUUGGAAGACGAAAAGCGAAGAGUGGAUGACCAGAAGAGGCAAUUGGAUGAACAAAGAAAAGCCAUAGAAAAUAAAGCAAGACAAGUGGAAGAAAAGGAAAAGGCAUUGAAGGAAGUAGAAAAACAGUUGAUGAAGCAGAAGGAUCAAAUGGACCAAUUACAAGCCUCACUUCAAAAGGCGGGAGGUGGUGCUGCUGCAGCAGGGGAACUUAACAAAAAAUUGGCAGAAGCACAGAAAAACGUGGAGAAAGCAGAGGAAGAGGCUAAACGUUCAGCAGCUGAAAUGGAAAGACUGUUGCAGCUGGUGCAAAUGAGCCAAGAAGAGCAAAAUGCGAAAGAAAAGCAAAUAAUGGAGUUAUCACAGGCUUUAAAAAAUGCACAGGCAAAAUUGAAAAACCAGCUGCAAGCCAAUGCACAACUGGAGGAACAAAGAAAAAAAGAAGAGGUAACCAAAGAUGAUUUAGUGAUUUACGAUUUACAAAAUAACAACUCGCAAGAAUUUCUAAGAAACGAACUUAAAACUAAAGAAGAGUACAUUUUGGAGUUGGAAUCUACGUUAGAUUCCUACGAAGAUUUGAUUAAAGACAACAAAAACGAACUAAGUAUACUCGAGACGAAACUGGACAACAAAAAUGAUAUUAUCGCGGGAUUUGAAAAUGGAAAAAGUAAUAGUGUGAUAGAACAAUUCGAUAACGUACCAUUUAGUAUAGAGAAAAGUAAUGAAAUUAUGCAAAUGACCAAAGAAAAAGAUAGUAGAAUAGCUGAACUAGAAGAUGCAUUGAGAGAAACUAUAACAAUAUCCACUGAAAGAGAAAUGGUACUUCAACAAGAGGAAUUGAGACGAAAACACAUAAUGGAAAAGGUUGGUAAAUUGGAACAAAGACUGUUGUCACUACAAGCAGCUCAAGCUACAAGAUGUCAUUCUUGUAGGCCAUAUGUAAAUAAAAUGACAAGUUUGGAAAGCAAACUAUCAUCCCUUAUAUCUGAAAGAAAGCACAAUUUACAAGAGUUAAUAUAUAUGAAAAGAGAAGCUUUAGAGUCAGCAAUCAGCGAAAAAGACGCUCAUUUAGCGUUAUUGGAAAUGUCAGGAAUUCGGACUGCUCGACAGGCUGAACAAGCUGAAACCCUAAAAUCUGAUAAAAAAAGACUGGUAGAAAGACUUAAACAAGAAGUAGAAUUAAGUUUAUCCCUGAUAGAAGAUGACGAAAAUCCCAUAAGCUUCUUGCCAGACGGCGAUGACCACUUGUCAGAAACAGUGUAACCAACUUUAUCUAAAAAACUUCUAAAAAUAGGAUCUCAGCAAUAAAAUUGUUUAUAGUGUAAGAACUCGGAAUUCGGAUUAUACCAUCGCACUGCCCGUUAGGCAAUUGUAGUAGAUCGCGUUAAGUUAUAUAGUAUUAAUUAAUUUAUUAUUAUUGUUACCCGUACGAGUUUAGACAUGACAAUAAUCGUAAGGAAUGAGGCAGUAUUGUGAAAACAUCAAAAAAUUAAUUAAAUUUUAUUACGUGGCGUUGUGAGAAACACAUCUUGUGAUAUUUAUGUGUAAUCGAUUCACAAUAUCAAAAGAUUGAUGUUUCGAAUUAAAAAAAAAUUAGGUAUAACGUUAUUAAAAAUAUCCAGUUACAACCACAAUACCAUGAUUAAUGUUAACUAAUUGUGAGGAUUGUUUUUAAUUGUGUUACACUUUAAUAAUUGGCUAUAAUAUAUACUUUGUUUGUAGUAAACUGUAAUAUAUCUAAAAAGGCUGCAACGGGUAUUUUUAUUCUUAAAUACUUUGAUAUAGUUUUUGGAUUACAUAGGAAUUGUAAAUAACUUAAGAAAUCAUCAGGACAGUCAAUUUAAAAAGGGCAUGUAAAAAGCAACUUAGUUAUUUAACAAUAAUUUAAACAUUCCAGUGAUAGAUACUUAAGAGGGGGUAAUCCAAGGACUAUAUAAAAGUAAAUUAGCUAAUUGUUUUGUAAAAAGCUAAAUACUUUAAGUACAAAAAUUAACUUUUGUCAUUGCAAAUACGUAUACAUUUUGUCAUCAUUAAUAAUAAAGUUAAAUGCCUUUAAAUAUUCAUUAUCAUAUCGUAAUUUAGGCCGAGCAACACUGCCAUCUCGUGCCAUUAUCAUGAAAUAAAAUAAUGAAGUCGAUGUAUUGUCCAACCAGCUUUUUCUCCUUCAAAACUUAAUAUCCAUGUCCAUAUUGUAACUUAGGUAGACAAUUCUAAAAUUAAAAGAUAUAUUAGAAAAUAAAACAACAUAUCUUAUAGUUUUGAAAGUGGUUUACUGUGACAACAUUAUUCGUGUUAAUAGUGUAAGCUGAUUACCACGAAUUUUGAAACUUUCUCACUAGAGCUAGUACUAGAACUAGAUGGGUAGAUCAACCGACCAAGUGCAUUCGCACAAUGAAAUACGUUGGAUUUUUAACAAAAUUAAAAAGAAAGAGUUUUUGACUUUUGAUUUCGAUGAAUUUUUUAUCUUAUAUGUAAUACCCAAAUUCAAACGUUUCCGUAAAAAAAUAUGAAUGAAAUGCUCAUAACUUUUUUAAAAACUGAGUAUUCGAGAUAUUUUUUUUUAAUUUGUUGUCUUUAAACGUCAUAUUCUAUGAAAAAUUCGACAUAUUUAUAUUUUUUUCGUUAAAAAAACUUAAUUUAUUCUGCAUUUAAUUCCCCAAAUCCCAUUGUGGGCUAAUUAAAUGUAUAUGUAUUAACUUUUAUGAUUAUUAUAUUGUUUUAAAAUAAACUUUUAUUCUGCUUUUUAUGCCUUAAAUCAUAUUGUGGGACAACUUCUAUUAAAUAUAACUUUAUAAAGUUCAUUCAUUUCUUAAAAAAGGUUAAAAAAAAUAAUUAUUAACUUUACAGAGGAUAGAAUUCGGGUUUCUUUUUAUGUUUAUAUAUUGAUUUCAAUUUAUUUAUUAUAAAACAAUGUUAAAUAGCGAAAAAAUAAAAACUUAUCGUUCAAUAAAAAUAAGUAUAAAGUAAAGAGAUUAUUGCCACUAAAAGCAGAAUAAAUCAUACUCUCUAAAAAUGAAUUAGUAAAAAAUGUAACAGUUAUUAGUGGCUGCUUUUUCACUUGUACCAUGGUUAACCAUGGAAUACCAUGGUAUCCCAAAAUUUAACAGCCAACAAUUUUCCCCUGAUUCCGAAAAUAUCGUCAAAAGUUAAAAAAGUACAACAGUUUUUAAGAUAUUUUCAAUUUUCCAUUUAAUAUGGAAUUGACUAUAUCUCAAAAAUUGCUCCACUUUCAUAAUUUUUGACGGUAUUUUCGGAUUCAGGGGACAAUUUUACAUAAGAAGUGGCUGUUAAAGUUUGGCAUACCAUGAUAUUUCAUGGUUAACCAUGGUACAAGUGAAAAAGCAGCCACUAAUAACUAUUAAAUUAGUGUCAUUUUUAGAGAGUAGAUUUUUUAAAAAGAAAGAAUAAAAAAUGACAAACUGUUAAUAAUGUUUUUUCUAAAAAACUGAAAAUUUUUAGUAUUGUGCUUGUAUUUUUUUCUGAAAAGUAAGUUUAAAUACAAACUCAAUAUAAAAAUUAAAAACAUUUAGAUUAGUCAGUUUUUGAAAAAGUUAUAAGCAUUUAAAACAUAUUUUUUGUCGGUGGGGUAGAAAAAAAUAAAAAAAUUCAGGAAAACGUUUUUAGUGGGAUAGUAUAAAAUAUAUUGCCCUAAAUUCAUCUACGGUUUUGUACAUUGCAAUAUACAUAGUAUACAGGGUGUUCCUAAAUAAUGUGCUAAUAGGAAAAAGGUGAUUCUAGAAGUGAUUUUAAAAAGUAAAUAUUUGGUGUGCACCAAAAAUUAAAAUCAACUUUUAGAAUCACAUACUCUGUAUAAUGGAUAACCAAAUUAAAAAAAAUCAAAACCCUAAAACUCUUAGUAGCUGUUCAAUAACAUUGAAUCAAAAGGCAAUUAAAUGUUAAACUUCGAACGAAAAACAAUUUAUUCAUUGUACUAAAAUCUUCCGUGUAAUAUGCUUAAAAAGUUGCGCUGGUUGGAUAAAAAUGCGGGUAAUUUCCCACCGUAACACGGAUUUACCCGCAUAGGGAUAUCGUGCUAGAUUUAAGGUUCUUGUAGAUUUCUUCUACUGUCCUAAAUAGUUCUACUGUCUUAGUCGAGAAUCUUGAAACUAGCGCUCCCUAUUUUGUUAUGCGAUUUAAUCUUUAAUAAAAAUAGAUUACAUCCAUCAGUGUUUUAAGUAUGUUAUGGCAAAUAUUAAAAUAAGCACAAUAAGGUAAUGUAAUAACAGUUACGAUGUAUAGGUAGGUUAGUCACGGUUUUCAUUUUUUUACUUAGAUUUUUUGUUUGGGAGGUUUUGAUGUAAAUAUUUUUGUCAUAAGUUUAAUAAUUUUUAACUGGAAUGAUUGUAGUUCAAAUAUUUGCUUUAAAAUUUACCUGUUUUCGUUAUGAUUAUUUAAACAAAAAAAAUGAUGGGUUUGACUUUUGGUCAUAAUGUUAAUGAAAAAAAUCAUGAACUGAUUAAUGCAUUUAAUUAAUAAUUGUAAGUUUCCAGUUGUCAUCGAAACCUCACCCUAUGUGUCACCUUACAUAUCUCAUCCUAAUAUUAUAUCAAAUUGCUUUUUAUAUAUUAAUGAUAAAUUAUGAAAAUAUGGACUAGGAAAGAUUCAAAAUGUUAGAAAAUACAAUAAAUGUUAUUUACUCGUUAAGUAAGUCAGACACCGUCUGCAGUUAAAUUUUUAGAGUCGCAAGGAUUAAUUAACCAAAUGUUUAAACCAUUCUAAUAUCUAUAUGUCAUCUAUAUAAAGGUUAAUAAAUGAUUGAGACUUGAAGUGUAUAGGAAAUUAGUCUACGUAGUUCUUUCUGUUGAUAACUAAUUUGAUUUAUGUUACGCUGUUGUAAAAACUUAUUAAGACCGAUGUAUGAAAGUGUGAAAAGAAAGAGAUU